UCUUCCUGUAUCCAGAUCGAAAGUCCCCCUACCAUCCAGGACCAGCUCCUCCUGCCCCUCUGAUGGGCCCCAGAAGGUGACAGUACUGACCACAAUGCUGUCAGGCCAGUGGUGGCCAAGUACCUGGGGGAGCCUAGGGCUGGGACUCCAAAGCCCUUCUCAGGGAUCCUGGCUCCGUGCCCUCUAUGCCUUCACUUACACUGGAGGAGAUGGCCAGCAGGUGUCUCUGGCUGAAGGGGACAGGUUCCUACUGCUUCAGAAGACCAACUCAGACUGGUGGUUAGCAAGGCGCCUGGGAGCACCCUCUGUCUCUCCACCCAUCUUUGUCCCAGCUGCCUUCAUGAUGGAGGAAUCCAUCCCUUCCCAGAGCCCAACCACCACCAGCCCCAGCCAAUCCCUCUGGUCUCAUGGGCCAAAGUUGUUUCCUGGCUCCCUGAAGGAGCUGCACCUGUCUCAGGAAUGCCCGGGCAGAACCCAGGUUAUGUCUGAGCAGCCUCCUCCUCUUCCCCCCAAAAUGUGUAGAAGUGUCAAUGUUACCAAUUUGAGGCCUACCCUCCUGAAGCCCUUCCAGGAAGGCCCAAGUGGAAGAUCUUUCUCCCAGGAAGACUUGCUGACAGAGGCCAGUGACAAUGUGGGUAUGGUGUUUCCUGUGUCCUGUCUUGACAGCUCAAGUCACCAGCAAGUCUGCUCUAGAGAGGUAAGACCCCAGCCCCUCAUGUCAGAGCUUCCUGUGUACUGCAACCUGGUGGACCUUCGCCGUUGUCCCCGGUCCCCACCCCCAAGCCCUGCAUGCCCCCCAUUGCAGAGGCUGGACGCCUGGGAGCAGCACUUGGAUCUCAACUCCGGACGCUGCUACUACAUAAAUUCGCUGACUGGCUCCAAGUCCUGGAAGCCCCCACGCCACACUCGCACUCGAGAGAUGAUCCCUGGAUCCAUGCAGGGGGCACAGACCCUGAAUAGGGACAACAGUAUCCUGCAACCUCAGGCAAAGGGCUCAGAAUCUGACACAGGGACCCCAGAACUGCUUGGCCCCCAGGGUUCACCGGGCCUCCACCAACGCGCCACCCAGUUCAACCCCUCAGACCAGCCUUCAGCGUUGCAGCCCCCUCGACCUCUGCCACAGGUUCUGGACGAUCCCCACGAGGUAGAAAAGUCGGGCCCGCUCAACGUGACUAAGAUCGCCCAGGGGGGUCGCAAGCUCAGGAAGAACUGGGGCCCAUCUUGGGUGGUAUUAGCAGGUAACAGCCUGGUGUUCUACCGAGAGCCUCCACCGACUGCGCCGUCCUCAGUUUGGGGACCAGCGGGUAGCCGACCCGAAAGCAGCGUGGACCUGCGAGGGGCGGCCGUGGCUCACGGCCGCCACCUGUCCAGCCGCCGCAAUGUCCUGCACAUCCGCACGGUCCCUGGUCACGAGUUCCUGUUGCAGUCAGACCAGGAGACCGAGCUGCGAGCCUGGCAUCGGGCGCUGCGGGCGGUCAUCGAGCGCCUGGAUCGGGAGAACCCGCUGGAGCUGCGCCUGUCAGGCUCGGGACCCGCGGAGCUGGGGGAGCUGAGCGCCGAGGAGGACGAGGAAGAGGAGGCGGGGCCGGUGUCCAAGCCACUGCUGCGGCUCGGCGGUGGCAGCCGCCGGGGCUCCGGUCGGAGUCCCGAAGGAACUGAGCAGAACCGCGUGCGGAACAAACUUAAACGACUUAUUGCAAAGAGACCGCCCUUGCAAAGCCUGCAGGAGCGGGGUCUGCUGCGAGACCAGGUGUUCGGCUGCCAGUUGGAAUCACUGUGUCAACGGGAAGGGGACACCGUGCCCAGCUUUGUUCAGCUUUGCAUUGCUGCUGUGGAUAAGAGAGGUCUAGAUGUGGAUGGCAUUUACCGAGUGAGUGGGAAUUUGGCAGUGGUCCAGAAGCUUCGCUUUCUAGUAGACAGAGAGCGGGCAGUGACCUCUGAUGGGAGGUACAUGUUCCCAGAACAUCCAGGACAAGAAGGCCGAUUAGAUUUGGACAGUGCUGAGUGGGACGACAUUCACGUGGUCACUGGAGCCCUGAAGCUUUUUCUUAGGGAGCUACCCCAGCCUCUGGUGCCCCCACUGCUGCUUCCCCGUUUUCGUGCUGCCCUUGCACUCUCUGAGUCAGAACAGCGCCUCUCUCAAAUACAAGAAUUAAUUGACUCCAUGCCAAAGCCCAACCAUGACACUCUGUGGUACCUCCUGGAGCAUUUACGCAGGGUGAUAGCACACUCCGAUAAGAACCGCAUGACCCCCCACAACCUGGGAAUCGUGUUUGGACCAACCCUAUUUCGGCCAGAGCAGGAGACUGCUGACCCGGCAGCCCAUGCUCUCUACCCUGGGCAGCUGGUCCAGCUGCUGCUCACCAACUUCGAUAGCCUCUUCCCCUGAGCAAGGAAAAAGAGAUACAUGUCUCCAGUGAUCUGUUGGGUGCCCUUGGGCAGGCGUGGGGCCAGGUGUGUUUUGAAGACAUUCCUUUAAAUCCUGUUUCCCAAAUGACUGUCUCCGUCUUGGAGAGUCUGAUGUGAAGAGUUCAGGUGGGGUGAAGGAGCUUCUCUAAAGAGAGAAGUGGGUGGAUUAACCCCUGCCUCUCUUGUCCCCAGUCAUGGCCCCUUCCCCAAGACAAUGAUGCAUAAAGCGGAGCUCUUUCUGA